AUUUCUUCCCCAAUCUCUCACCCCUCCCCUACUACCAGCCUGCUGCUUGCUGCUGCUCCCCAGUUUUCUCCUUUUCCACCUCCCACCAUCUCACCUCACCUCAUCUCAUCUCUUCUCUCACCUGCUUUUCCGCUCCCCAUCCUCCUCCUGCUCCAAUCAACCCAAUCUUCCCCAAUACCCCGUCGUCCCUGUUCCCCUCUUCCCUAGCUUAGCUUCCUGUUCUGCUUCCGCUCCACUCGUGGUUUCUGCUGCUGUGGCCGUUCUCUUCUCACCUAGACGUCUCGUCUCUCCCUUGCCGCUGCUGCUGCUGUUGCUGCUUCCCCUCCCUGGUCAAAGCGCCUCCAAGAUUUGCUGUUUCCUGGAGGAGCAACACGCAGGCAGGCUAUUGAAGGACAGGGCACCAAGAAACGAAGGAGGGAGACAGGGAGUAGAGGGAGAAAGGAAGGGAUAUACCAGUAUUAGCCAGAGAAGAGGAGGAGAGAGAAGGAAGGGGCUGGGGGUGAAAGAGUGUGUUUGCUCCUUUCGGGCAUUGAAUCGGAGUCAACAGUGUCGGGUAGGCGGCUGCUACAGCUCGGCAGCCUCCAUUAAUUAGCUCGUUGCGUUGAACUUUGUUGUCGUCUCCCGAUCGACUCAUCGAUCACGCGGACGCCCUGUGGCGCAUGCGCCGAGCGGACCUCGGCCGCCGGAACUACCGGAGCAGCAGCAGCAAGGCGAUGUAGCUCUGUGGGCCGCGAGGAAAUGACCGGUACAGCUCGCGGGAGGAGGGGUCCGGCGGGGAUGGAGGAGAAGGGCGAGGCGGCGGGUCUGGGCUUCCUGGGGCUGGACAGGAUGCGGUUGCUGCUGCCGCUGCCGCUGCCGGAGAAGCUGUCGGCGAGGACGCUGCGGACCCACCUGUACAAUCACUACCUGGGGUCGCGCAAGGUGCGGGAGCAAAGACGAUGGCUGCUGCUGCUGUGGGUGGUCAUUUGGUCGCUCAUCUCCUGCUGUAUCCUCUUCCUCAUGAGCUCCCAGGCCGUCGAGAAGCGCCGGGAGGCGCUCGCCAGCAUGUGCGACGAGCGCGCACGCAUGCUCCAGGACCAGUUCAACGUCAGCAUGAACCACCUCCAGGCGCUCGCCAUCCUCAUCUCCACCUUCCACCACUCCAAGAAUCCAUCCGCCAUCGACCAGCUGACGUUCGCGAGGUACGCGGAGAGGACAGCGUUCGAGCGGCCGCUGACGAGCGGGGUGGCGUACGCGGUGCGGGUGACGCACGCCGAGCGGGAGCAGUUCGAGCGGGAGCAGGGGUGGAGCAUCAAGAAGAUGUACUCCUCCAAGAAGCAAUCGCCUGGGCCGGGGGACGCCGAGGUCCGCGAGCCGGCGGCGGAGUACGCCCCCGUCAUCUUCGCGCAGGACGCCUACAAGCACGUCAUCUCCUUCGACUUGCUGUCCGGGAACGACGACCGCGAAAACGUACUGCGAGCUAGAGAAUCUGGGAAGGGUGUUCUUACUGCUCCCUUUGAGCUGCUCAAUAAUCGCCUCGGAGUGAUCUCGACCUACACUGUGUACGAGUCUGAGCUUCCCCCAAAUGCGAGGCCGCACGAGCGCAUCCAGGCUGCUAUAGGCUAUUUAGGUGGCAUAUUUGACAUAGAAGCACUUGUUGAUAAGUUGCUUCACCAGCUUGCGGGCAAGCAAUCCAUCAUGGUGAACGUGUAUGAUACUACUAAAGAGAGCCCAAUCAGUAUGUAUGGUUCGAGUGAUACAGGGAGUGGCAUGUGUCAUGUCAGCACACUGAACUUCGGCGACCCGUCAAGGAGACAUGCGAUGCAUUGCAGGUUCAUCCAAAAGCCGCCAUGGCCGUGGCUGGCAAUAACAUCAUCAUUUGGAACUAUUGUGAUUGCUUUACUGAUUGGAUACAUAUUUCAUGCUACUGUCAAACGGAUUGCCAAAGUUGAAGAUGAUUAUCAAGAGAUGAUGGAGCUCAAGAAGCGUGCAGAGGCUGCAGAUAUUGCCAAGUCACAGUUCUUGGCAACUGUUUCUCACGAGAUCAGAACCCCAAUGAAUGGUGUUCUAGGGAUGCUUCAAAUGCUCAUGGAUACUGAUUUGGACACAACACAGCAAGACUAUGUUAGAACUGCGCAAGCUAGUGGAAAAACUUUGGUAUCUCUCAUUAACGAGGUUCUUGAUCAGGCGAAGAUCGAGUCUGGUAAACUCGAGCUUGAGGCGGUGCCCUUUGAUCUUAGAACAGUUUGUGAUGACAUUUUGUCUCUCUUCUGCGGGAAAGUUCAAGAGAAAGGACUGGAGUUGGCAGUGUAUGUCUCUGACCAAGUUCCGCAUACACUAAUUGGUGAUCCCGGCAGAAUAAGGCAAAUCAUUACAAAUCUCGUUGGGAACUCUAUAAAAUUCACAGAGAGGGGUCAUAUCUACUUGACAGUUCAGGUCGUUGAAGAGGUUAUGAGUUGUUUAGAGGUUGAGACGGCAACCCAAUACACAAAGACCUUAAGUGGCUACCCAGUGGCGAACAGGAGGCGCAGUUGGGAAAACUUUCGACUUUUCAAUAGGGAACUACACUCAUCUGAUGUGUCUUUUGCACCCAUUGCAUCUGACUCAAUAAGCUUGAUAAUAUCAGUUGAAGAUACAGGUGUUGGCAUCCCAUUCGAAGCCCAGUCCCGUGUCUUCACCCCUUUCAUGCAGGUUGGUCCAUCUAUUGCCCGCAUCCAUGGGGGCACUGGCAUUGGAUUAAGCAUCAGCAAGUGUUUGGUUGGUCUCAUGAAGGGGGAGAUAGGAUUUGCAAGUAAACCCCAUGUUGGUUCUACUUUCACCUUCACUGCAGUACUUAUGAGGGCCCGCCCCAGCAGCAAUGAGAAUAAAUCGUUAGAUUUUAAAGAGAUCAAUGCUUUGGUGGUUGACCAUAGACCACUCCGUGCCAAGGUUACCAAGUACCAUUUGCAAAGACUGGGAGUUAAAACUGAAUUGACAACUGACCUAGAUCAGUUUGUUUCUAAAAUGAAUUGUGGAUCACGGUUUGCGAAGCUAGUGCUUAUUGACAGAGAAACCUGGCUGAAGGAAUCCCAUUCCAUGCCUCUUUUGGUUAGAAAAUUGAGGAAUAAAGAUCAGACAGACUCUCCAAAGUUAUUUCUUUUGGAGAACCCUACAAGCUCUGUCAAGAGCAGUUCACAUAUAUCCAGGGAAUAUAACUUGAAUGUUAUUAUGAAGCCGCUUCGUGCAAGCAUGCUUCAAGUCUCGCUACGAAGAGCAUUGGGUGAGGUUGAUAAAGUGCAUUGCAGGAAUGGAGUAGUUGGCAAUCCAACAUUGGGCAGCCUGCUUCACAAGAAGCAAAUCAUUGUGGUUGAUGACAAUAUUGUGAAUCUCAAAGUGGCUGCGGGUGCUCUGAAGAAGUAUGGAGCGGAAGUAACUUGUGCUGACAGUGGGAAGAAAGCAAUCACGCUGCUAAAAGCUCCUCACAGUUUUGAUGCUUGUUUCAUGGACAUACAAAUGCCAGAAAUGGAUGGAUUUGAAGCCACAAAGAGGAUUAGAGUGAUGGAAAGAGAUCUAAAUGAGCGACUAGAACGGGGAGAAGUCCCACCAGAAUGUGCAAAUGUUCGGCAGUGGCGAACUCCAAUAUUGGCCAUGACGGCAGAUGUUAUCCAAGCAACACAUGAACAGUGCCUGAAAAGUGAAAUGGAUGGCUAUGUCUCCAAGCCAUUUGAAGGGGAGCAGUUGUACAGAGAAGUAGCUCGUUUUUUCCAAAGUCAUGACCAAGUUCAGUAGGUAGGUGUAUAUGGUCGAGUGUCUAAUAGUGGAGGAUAUCGCCAAAUGAUUGACCCGUCGUGGCACAAAGAAUUUUGUCAAAGCUCCUGUGUUCCCAAGAGUGGGCAGCAAUUUGCAGAAUAUGGGCUUCUAUUGUAAAUGCUAGCAAUGAUGAGAUGUCGUGUGCAGUUAGGAAGAAGCACUGGACGUCUGGAGAUGGAACCACCCAUGUUCUAUUUCUUGGUACACCAUGUGACCAAGCUGCAAAAAAAAAGUGUACAAUUUCUUGAAAUCAAGAGGCAUGCGAAGCAAUUUACUCCACAAUUUCUUGGAGUCAAGGCGUGCGAAAAGUCCAGCUGCGUUCACAGACUGCAGAUGUCCUCUGCCACUGUAAUAUAGAUGUUGAGGGAGAGAAAUUUUCCUUCCACUCCCCCCCCCCCCCCGGGGAACUUACGGCUGUACAUAUUAGGUGUUUGUUUGGGUUAGAAAUAGAGUCCUUUAUCUAUUACAUAUAGGUUAGAUUAUUAGUCUUUAUCCUGUACUUAUCAUGCAAUCUAUAUAUUGCUUUUAGGGGUUAUUAUUGAAUACAAGUUGUUAUUUUUAA